UCAGCUCACAAUGCUCACUUAAUGUUUCAUUUAAUUCACAUCCACUGUUGGUGGAAAGAAGUUAACAACACUUGAGUAUUGGAUUUGCACAAAUAACACGGUGAUAAUGGGCAAGAUGAUCUCCGCGAAUCCGAUUUAAAGACAAAUGUUUCACAUCCUUGUAUAUUUCCGUUUUCUCCCUUUUUUUUAAGCCUAGCCUAGCCUAGGUUGGAUUACCAACUGGGCAAGGCAGGCAACAGUCCAAGUGACUCCCAGCUGCACCGAAAAGCCUCAAGUUCACUGUACAGCAAAUGGUGGGUUUAUUAAUUGUAACUUUCUUUGAGAAUAGACCAAUUGGAAUGGACCAAUGAGUCAAUUUCUUGUCACCAACACGCUUUUGUUUUCUCCAGCUCUUAUUUUAUUUUGAAAGUUCUGAUUCCUAAUUUCCUGCGUGUUCCUGACUCACCGCGUGCCUCUUGACGCAGCGCGUUGAGGCGCUGUAGGACGACCGGAUAACGGGAACCGAGAAGGGGGACAGGAGCAAAACGCGUCAGUCUGACAGACAUAGACGGGGUGCUAUUGUAUAACACAGGCCUUCAGUCUUUUUCUUCACUCCGGGUUUUGCAGGAGGAGCGGCUGCUCUUGGUUUAUUUUUGCUGUUUUUCUUUCUCUCUCACCGCGGAGGUAGAGACGGAGCGCGGCAGCGGGGCUUGGCGUUGCAUCGGCCGCUGGCGGAGGACCGGCACAUGUCUGCGCGGUGAGGGAGCGUUUGUUUCCCCGCCCUGAUACGGUUGGAGGACGGCAGGAGGAGGAGGAGGAGGAGGAGGAGGAGAUUGUUUGGAGGGGUUUAAACCGCGACGAAAACAACAAUUUCCACCUCUGAGAGAAAACAAAUAAAUAGAAAUAAGCAGGUGCGGCUGUUUGAACGGUCGAAAGAGGGUCCGUUAAAAAAAACGAGCGAGAAGGACAACAGUGAUGCGGCAGCCGAGGUGGGCCCAGAUUGAUGAUUUUAUGAUAUCAUCAUCCACCGCCAGGACCGAUCACUGAUCGUAUUGAUAAGGAGCAUCUUCGAGGAAAAUACGCUAUAAACUGACCAGGGUUCCGUUUGUUUGUUUCUGAGCUGGAUAAACCGGAGGAGGUUAAUCUGUGUUUGACCACGGUGGUUUCUUUACGCGAGGAGCUCAAUUCUAGAAAUACAUUUCCAAAUUUAGGCCGAUGACUUAGUCCGUGUGUGUGUGACGCCAAUACAGCAGCAGAGAGGCGCGCGUGUGUGUGUGUGUGAGAGAGAGAGAAAGGGGAGACGCGCCUGUCUGAGCAUCAUCUGGUAGCUGCACAGGCUACUCCUCCACGGGGAUGAUACACAAGCGAUUUUUUCAUCUGUGCGUGAAAUAAACAGAAGAAUUGGGGAUGAUGCUGAUGCUGCCGCUGCCAUUUCCUGUCCGGCUCUGAUAGAGACAGUGAGGCGCACAGCACGGGACUGGACAUCCAGAAAAUCUCUCUCCUCACCUCUCCUCCGCCUCUGCACCUUCUCCCCCCUUCAUCUCCCCCCCACCUCCCCUCCCCUCUCUCUCCUGCUCUUCCUCCUCCACCCCAGAGCGUCUAUUCAUUCUGAUCAAUUGAUAAUCCGUCUGUGAUUCAGAAAAAAACACCCACACCACCCGUACAUCCUCUCAAGCGGCCCCUUUACGCACUCACGCGCAAAGGCACGCACUCACGCACCACCACCACUACCACCGCAUCACCACCGCCAUCUACAGCCAUCAUGGAGACGACCAAGCUGCCUCCGACCAGCCCGUCCUCGCCGACGACCAGCUUCUCGGUGCCUUCCGCGGAGAAGGUGGACGGCUUCCCGCGGAGGUCGAUGCGCAGAGCCCGGCAGAGGAGGUCCCACAGCUCGUCCCAGUUCCGCUACCAGAGCUCCCAGGUGGAGCUCACCCCACUGCCCCUGCUCAAAGACGCCCCGGUGGCAGAGUUACACGACCUGUUCUGUAAGAAGCUGCAGCAGUGCUGCGUGCUGUUUGAUUUCCUGGACUGCGUGGCUGACCUGAAAGGGAAGGAGAUCAAACGUGCGGCACUCAACGAGCUGGUGGAGAGCGUGGCCACGAGCAGAGGAGUCCUCAUAGAGCCUUUGUACCCAGAGGCUAUAAAGAUGAUCUCGGUAAAUAUCUUCCGUACUCUCCCACCAAGUGAGAAUCCAGAGUUUGACCCUGAGGAAGAUGAGCCAACACUCGAAGCCUCCUGGCCGCAUCUGCAGCUGGUUUACGAGUUCUUUCUGCGUUUCCUGGAGAGCCCGGACUUCCAGCCCUCCAUGGCCAAACGCUACGUUGACCAGAAGUUCGUCCUGCAGCUCCUGGAGCUGUUUGACAGCGAGGACCCCAGGGAGAGGGAGUACCUAAAGACCAUCCUGCACCGUGUCUAUGGAAAACUACUGGGCCUCCGAGCCUACAUCCGCAAACAGAUCAACAACAUCUUCCUCAGGUUCAUAUAUGAAACUGAGCACUUCAACGGUGUAGCGGAGCUUCUGGAAAUCCUCGGCAGCAUCAUAAAUGGCUUCGCCCUGCCCCUGAAGGCUGAACACAAGCAGUUCCUGGUUCGGGUCCUCAUCCCGCUACACACGGCAAAGUCCCUUUCCAUCUUCCACGCACAGCUGGCCUACUGUGUGGUGCAGUUUAUGGAGAAAGAUGCUACAGUGACUGAAUAUAUCAUCAGAGGGCUGCUCAAGUACUGGCCAAAAACCUGCACGCAGAAAGAGGUGAUGUUCCUGGGGGAGAUUGAGGAGAUCCUGGAUGUGAUCGAGCCGUCUCAGUUCAUCCGGGUCCAGGAGCCGCUCUUCAAACAGAUCGCAGCCUGUAUCUCCAGCCCUCACUUCCAGGUAGCGGAGCGGGCUCUUUACUUCUGGAACAACGAAUACAUCCUCAGUCUGAUCGAGGAGAACUGUCAAGUCAUCCUGCCGCUGGUGUUCGCCACCCUCUACAGAGUCUCCAAGGAGCACUGGAACCAGACCAUUGUGUCUCUGAUCUACAACGUGCUGAAGACCUUCAUGGAGAUGAACAGCAAGUUGUUUGAUGACCUCACUGCCUCCUACAAAGUGGAGAAACAGAAGGAGCUGAAGCGGGACAGGGAGCGUGUAGAUCUCUGGCGAGGCCUGGAAGAGCAACAGGACCGCCGGAUGCAGAUGCUCACCGAGGCGGCCAGGAACCAGCGCAACCUCCAGGAGCGAGGCGAGAGAGGGGACCCACCGACCCCUUCGUCCCCGCAGACGUCUCUCUCCGACCAGCCCGAGCCCAAGCCCAGCGGGGCCUCCUCUUCCUCCUCUGGAGGCGGGGAGAGCGCCACCUAGGUGCUGCUCUGCAGAGAUUUGGAUAGCACGGGGGUUAGGGGACAGGGAGAAGACAUGAGGUUAAUGGUGAAAGUGUUGGGAGAGAAAAAGGUACAAAACGAAUCCACUGUUCUUUUUAUCUUGUAUCAUCGAGAGGGUGGCUUUUUGUGAAAAAGCGCACAAUCUCAGUGAUCCGAGGUAAACAUUGCACCUUUUUUUUCUGACCGACUUGUGUGAAACUGGUUCACUUUUUGCUGUACACACAUUAUGUUGCAGAUCAAAAGAUGAAUAUUGUCCGAAAGUGCAGACAGUCGUUUUAAUAAGUGGCUGGUUUAUUAAACUGCAGGUCAGUGUCCAAAAUUGGUAGCUGGCCUGCUUCAAAUCAGCCUCAAAAAUAAGAGAUGAAAUUUCUCUUUUGGUGCAACACUAACCAAGUUGAACAUGGGUCUAACUUGAUUUAACCGGCCGAGUCAGAGUCUGUACUAGGGCCACGUAUUUAUCUUUUGGUCAGAGAUGCUUAUUUCAUGCGUGGAUAGCACAAUGCAUUAAAAAAACAAAAGAAGCAAUUUCACACAAAUGUCCCAAAACUAUUGCUGCACAGACCAGACACACACAAAACCUCACACACACACACACACACACACACGCACACACACACAGAUGCAGGAACAGUACAUAUUCACUGUAAAUAUGAGAAGACAGAGCUACAGAGAGAAAGUGUAUCCGGGUCAAACAAAUCUCACAUAAAAACACUCGAUUGAUGCACCAAAACAUUUCAUAGAGGUUUACAGGCCCAAAGACACACACACACACACACACACACACACACACACACACACACACAGUUGGUUCUGGCGCUAACUUCUCUCCCAUUCUGCCGGGGUCCCACCAAAGGACGAGUCUAAAGUCUCUCAAGGUUAAAUAACCACUGAUGAAGAUGAUGAUAAUGAUAUAAAGUACAAUACUGUUCCUUCUUCUUACUUGUUACUCUACUACUACUACUCUACUCUACUCUAAGUACUACUGAUGAUGAUGAUGAUGAUGAUGAUAAUGUUUUUAUAUAUAUACAUAUGUCUGGAUAUUUCUGUAGUGUAUUAUGGGAGAAACACUAGUGUAGCAGAUACCAUAAAGGGGAAGGCCGGCUCGAAUUUUGAAUUCACAUCACAUGUUACCUGUAUGAGGCCAUAAUGUGAGUGCUGAAAUUCAGCGGGAUUCCCCUUUAACAGACCUUAAAGAGGGGAGGAAUGAACUGGAUUGGCGGCGGCUGUUUUUCUUUUCUUUCUAAAUUUGGGAUGUUUGUGGUGCGACGGGUGUAUUUUAAAGGGGUAUUUCAUAAAAAUCCAAAAACAUUCCAUGUUCAAAGAUUAUGUUUUACUUUGUUUGUUUAAAGGUGCCCUGUGGAGCUUUCUUGUAAACAAAGUUAUGUGAACAUUCAGUGUUAUUCACCAAAACACACUGUGUGUAUCUUUGAGGCUUGACAAAUGUGUUGACUGCAUUUCCUUCCUCAUAAAACAUCCAUAAAGUCGAUUUGAAAAAAACAUAUUUUAACUCUUGCAUUGUUCACAUGUUUACUUGCUAGCAAUCUCCUUCUUCCCUGCCUUUGUGGGCAUAUUGCAUAGUUUUGUUGCACAUUACCGCCACCAACUGCCAAUGCAACACAAACAUAAUGGGGACCCGCUCAUAAAAACAUUACUCUAUAGCGCCACUAGUGGUCAAAAACUCCACAGGUUACCUUUAAUUUUGGCACACGGUGAUGAUUUGUUUGGUUAAAGGAUUUACAAAUUUACUCAUUUGCCUCGGUUACGUUUCACAAAGUUGAACUUCAGAACCCCCCCAAUUUUUUAACCAAAAAUGUAUCCAAGCAGACUGGCAAACCCCGCCUAUCACAGAGGUUACUGGAGGACAAAUAAAGCGCACCACAAGUGUUUCAGACCAAAAGAAAAACACAGUGAUCCAGUUGGAUUUCUGAACUCGGAGUGUCUAUUUCCUUUAGGAUCAGCAGACCUGAAGCUGCUAGAUGGCGACCAUGACGAUGAUAACUUUUUUCGGUGUGAACCAAGAAAAAUCUGUUUAUUCUUGUCUGAUCAUUUGAUGGAGUGAUGGGAUAAAGAGAGGGGGGGAAAAACAGAAAAAAAUUAUUUUAGCAAUAUUUUCAUUCUUUCAGGAUAAUAUGUGUGUUCUUAGGGGGUUAAACAGGAAGUGGGUGUCACACUCAAAAGUUUACCCCCCACUACUUGUUUUUACUCCUGUUGCGUCCUUGAUAUUCACAUUGUCUUAAAGGUACUUUUUGUGUAAAUUUAUUUGAUGAAAACUGACUUUGCUUUGUAAUUAUGUUGUUUUUCUUCUUGGUUUUUGUAUGAUCUUGUUCAUUUUGUGGAAAACUGAUACUGAUGCUAUUUAUUUUCUAUUUGAUGAUGAUGGUCAGGUUGUGUGUGUGCGAGUGUGUGUGCGAGUGCACGCGCGUGUGUGCGCGUUGGUGUGUAUCCAGUGAGUGAAUCAGUGAGCAGGAGAUGUGCGUAGACAGAGUGAUAGAGAACGAGAGAAAACUGUUCUCUCUUUGUUUCUUUUUCUCUCUCUCUCCUUCUCUCCUUCCUGAGGGACAGGGUUUGAAUCUGAAUGUAAAACUAAUCGAUUGAUUGUUCUUUUUGACGCUUGAGACGCAGAGCUACCUGUCGGCUGCUUCGUAAACCAAACAUUCAAAAACCCUUCAGACCAGCAGUUUUCACUCACACUCACUUUAAAUCAUGCCUGAGUCAACAAGGUUUUUGAAAUCCAUUUGAUUAACCGCUCUCGGAUUGGCAUUUCAAGUUUUAUUGAGCUGAUUUAGCAUUUCAAGGAGAUUCAUGAAUCUGCUCCUGGCCCAGUUUUCCAAGUUCUUGUGGAUGCUUUAAGUUUGCUUUGAGUUUGGUUGGCUUGUUCCGAUGCUUUCAGGCUGCACUCACACCUAAUCUGCCAUUGCUUCUUCAUACAAAAGAGCUCGUUGCUUUCGAACGUUGACGCUGCAGCUUUGUUCCGUCCAACAUCCAGGUUAUACCUUCCAACAUGUUUGACAAUCAAAUCAAGUAUUGUCCAAUUUGUGAAUGAAUGGUCAACUUAUUAUCUCAUGAUGGCACCGGGGCAAAAAGUGAAAAGAAAGUCAAGUGUGUGAUCCGAUUGUGUGCUCAACCUCAUGAGUACAAUCAGUAAAAAUACAAAAGAGCAAAAAAAAAGAAUUGCAGAAGACCUUACUUGUGAUCCUUCUGAUCUAUCUCAUGACCCCUUAAGGGGCCCCAACCCCCAAGUUGGGAACCAUUGACAUAAGCCUUUCUUCUCCAACGACCACAAUGCUGUAUAGUUAUUUUCUUUUCAGGCAGAUUUUUUUCAGAAGAGAGUGUAGAAGUUAAGUGCACAAAUUUGCAUGGGCUGUGCUCCAUGGCCGCCACAGAAAAGGCACUGAUGCAUUAGGUGUUAUAGCAGCCUAAUGCCAGUAAACACCUCAAAACCUGCACCUGCAAACAACAGCUGGUUGGCACUAUGGGCAAAAAAACCCAAAACAGCCUCACAUUUAGUUGGAUUUCAAACAUUAUUUUGAUUCAGGCAAAAAACACUCAAAAAACACAACUCAAAAGAGACAAAACUUGACCUCGCUGUCAUAAAACUCAGCUUACCUUAUGAUUUUUGUUUUGGCUGGCUUACUCACAAACCCUCUUGAUUGUUAUUGUCAGUCGGUCAGCUGACUCUGGGAAAACAGAACCCCAGCUCCCACUGUUCUAGAGUUCUCACUUAAUGAUCAACAGUAAUAUUCUUGUUUUAUAGAAUUCUGUCGUACAUUCUAGACCUGCUCCAGGAAAGGAAGUGAGAGAAGAGAGAGUGUUCGUAGAUCGGGUAUCGCCUCACAGACAGCCAUCGUCACACAUUUCCUCUCUGUGGCCAUUUCCGUGUGGCCAAAUUGAAACAAAGGCUUUAAAUCAGAGGGGUGGUGUGAACGGAUUCAA